UUUCAGAAAAACAUCCUUCAACAGGGCUCCAUUUGUCCCGCCGAAUCCAUUAUCCAUCCCUGACUGCAUUAUAAAAACAAAUAAAAACACUGCCCGUCUCAGAAUCUUUCUCUAAAAAAAAACAAAAAUAUGUCUCAUUAACCAGAUUUUCACCAAAAAUUCCAUCAAAAGCAAUAAAAAUCUACCAGAUUCAACCGUAAAUGCAUUCCAAUCAUCAAAAAUCGGCAGGAUUUCCUUAACAAUGUCAAUUUACAAGCAACGAGUUCGCGAAUUUGAACGAAUUUUACAAAGUCCCGUGAUAAAUUUGAAGGAAUUGCGCAGUUUGUGCUUCAAUGGCAUCCCAGAUGACUCGUACGCCUUCCGAUCGUUGUGCUGGAAACUUCUUUUGGGAUAUUUACCCGAAAAUAGGGCGAAAUGGAAAAGUACUUUGCAAAGCAAACGGGAGUGUUAUCAACAACUUUUAGACGAAAUGAUCACACCUCCCGGCGAAUUAGAGAAAAAUCAGUGCCUAGACCAUCCGUUAUCCGAGGGACCCGAAAGCAGUUGGAGCAAUUACUUCAAAGAUAACGAAGUUUUGUUGCAAAUUGACAAAGAUGUGCGUCGCCUGUGUCCGGAUAUCUCGUUUUUUCAACAACCAACGGAGUAUCCGUGCGAAAUUGUCGUCAACAGUCAGAAUAAUGAGCGUCGCUUGCAUAAGAGAGUGGCUCCGUCGCAACUUUCCUCAGCGAAUGUCGAGAGAAAAGGACUUGGAAUGACCAAAAUAAAUCUAGUUUUGAAACGCUCAGCUCAAACGUACGAAGCCAUGGAUGAGGGCUGUGAAGCACAUUGGGAAGUAGUAGAACGAAUUUUGUUCAUCUACGCAAAGCUCAAUCCAGGCCAGAGCUAUGUUCAAGGCAUGAACGAGAUAAUUGGACCAAUUUACUACGUUUUUGCAUCAGAUCCUGAUCCAGAGUUCAAAAAAUACGCUGAGGCUGAUUGUUUCUUCUGUUUCACCUCCGUGAUGAGCGAAAUUCGAGAUUUUUUCAUAAAAACCCUCGACGAGUCCGAAUCCGGUAUCAAAGGCAUGAUGGCAAAGCUUUUGACGCUGCUCAAGGAGAAAGAUAUCGACGUUUGGCAACGUCUCAGGGACCAAGAACUCUUCCCGCAGUACUACAGCUUCCGUUGGAUCACACUUUUGUUGUCACAAGAGUUCCCGCUACCCGAUGUCGUGCGGAUUUGGGACUCGUUAUUCGCCGAUGAGCAUCGUUAUAAUUUUCUGAUCAAAGUUUGCUGUGCAAUGAUUGUAUUACUAAGAGAGGAACUUUUAGAAGGGGAUUUUGGUACAAAUGUCAAGAUGUUGCAGAAUUUUCCCUCGAUGGAUGUCAAUCAAGUACUUCUGAAAGCAACUCAGCUGUAAAAUCGCAUAUUUUCCAAUUAUUUAAGAUUUUUUUUUGUAUUUUGAGUCGUAAUCUCUCUUUAUACUGAACAUUUAUCAAUAAAAAAUUGACAAUAU